AUGGCUUUUCUGCAAAGAAGCGCGAUCCGCUCACCUACCGAUGAUGCUCUACGCCGGAGAAGCAAUGACACGCCAACGCCGGAGUGGAACCCGACAAGUCCUCAAUGGGCACCAGAGGACAAUACCUCGCUAUCGCCCUCUGAGGCGAGUUCGCGUGCGUCUACGCCAGCAACAGGAGCCAGUUUGUCGAAUGAGGUUAAAGCAGUAAUCUGCAACCUCGAAAAUGAGCUGCGGGAGGCGAAAGCCACCGCUGAAAUGAAUCGCAGAAAAGUCGCCGAUCUAGAGUACAAAGUGCAGCAACUUGCAGCGGAUAUAGAGCGCGAGCGGGAAAGCUCGGAACGCUCUAUAGACAUAGAGCGAAACACAGUGAUGUAUUUUCGUCAGGUAAAUAUUUAG